AUGGCAAUGUCACCAGCCGUACGCGAUAGCGUCUAUCUCCUCAUUGUGGGCGCUCAGCUCUUCGGGAUGAUAGCAAUGGACCUGGUACCAUUUUACCCCAAGUCACUAUGGGAAGCCCCUACAGCACCGCUCCAUUCAAUUACCUUUAUUCGAUCGACGUAUGUCUCGUUUACUAGUGAUCCAUUCUUCGCUCACGACAUCCAUGAGCCCUGGUUCCAGGCCUUUCUGUACAUUGAAGCUUUCGUGCAGCUGCCCCUCGCAGUGUACCUCGUCUACAAGCUUUCUGGAGGGAGAGCUACCUCGGAAGCUGCCAAGGAACUGGCUGGGCUGAUGUUUGGAUGUGUGACUGGCAUGGGGAGCACCACGUGCUGUUACUACCUGUUGACCCUGGGUGAUGAGAUGGUUACUCCAGCCCAGAAAACCAUGUUGUUUUGGGGCGAGUACCUCCCAUAUGCCGUUAUUCCCAUCAUCAUGGCCUUUGACAUGCACCAGAGACUCCUGAACAGGAUUGCUGUUGCCGAAGCUAGAACCAAAGACCAAUGA